AGAACAGCCGAGGAAGAAAAAGAAUCUGGCGAAGCACCGGGAGUCUUAUAACAUUCACAUGGCGCGUGGAUAUUAACAUGAUUAACGAGGAUUAAACCGAUACAAAGCGUUAAGCGUGUGUUACUCAGGCGCAGUGGUGUAUAAGCGUCUCGUGCGUGCGGUCCGUGAUGCUCGCGCGCGCGGCCGCUCAGUUUGUCCUUCAGCCCGCGCGUGAGUCAGCGCGAGCUCGGAGCUUCAGCCUGAGCGCGUGCAUGGGCACAGUGAUGGUGGAGCGAUGGUGGCAGGUCCCUCUGUCGAAGGAAGGCAGUCCUCCCAGACUCUACACGCGCCGGCACAAGGUGUAUCGCCUGGUGGAAGACACCAAGCACAACAAGCAGGAGAAGAUGGAGCUGCUGCUCACACAGACCGUGCCCAAGUUGGGCGGCCGGGGCGACACGGUGUUUGUGAAGAAGUCUGUGGGACGUAACAAGCUCCUGGCUCAGGGUCUGGCUGUGUACCCGUCUCCUGAUAACAAGGAGAUGUUCAUGGAGGAGAGACGCUUACUGCGUGAGGGGAAGAAAGAGGACAGAAUCCAGACCAGGACAGGACAGCUCACAGUGGAGCUCCUGAAGAAGUCGAGUCUGGAGGUGGAGCUCCGCCCCGCGGCACAGCAGCACUUUCUCCUCACCAAGGAAAUCGUCUGCAGGCAUUUUUUGCGAAAACUGGGCAUGGUGGUCCCUCCCCAUGCUCUGACGUUACCCGACGAGUCGAUCACACAGUUCGGGGAUUUCUGGUGCGAUGUCACGGUGAAUGGCGUGGACACGGUGCGAGUGCCUCUGACUGUGGGACCAUACGUGGAUCCAGAGAAGAAGAAACUCAUAAGACAGCAAGCAGCAGCAGCCGAGACGCAACACACAGAGUCUCAGUCUGACCUCUGACCUGCUUUCACAUCAAUUCCAUUAAAUCAAUGUUUUUUUUCUUCACA